UCUUGUGCUUGGGUUCCGCCCCCACCCCACCCCCACAAUCCUGAAGUGGUAAUGAUCUUACACGCUGUUGCUCGCGGCGCAGUUACUUCUCAACACCGCGUCACCACUAACACCCACACCCAAAUUUAGUAUUGUAGAGGUACUUCCUCAAAUGCAAAGCGACACUAUCAGAAAAAAAACAACAACAGCCGCUUCGCAUUCGCCACUGAGUUGCAGCAGAGGACCACGAGCACUGAACAUCGCAAGCCGGGAUCACCAUGAGGCCCCUGCCAUCAUCGAUCGCUCUGCUCCUCGUCCUCACGACCCACGCAAGCCGCACAGCGGGAGCAGCAUGUGGCACGGAUACGAUCAGAGUGGUGGAAGGAGGCAACGCAGAAUGCAACUGCACUGGAAUCAACGUCACGGGCCUGCGGUUGACGUGGAUUCCAGACAACGCCGAGUGUGACGAGCCUCUAGAUCCAGGGGAUCAUUCGCGGUGGGACCUGAAAACCGACGGGGAGGAAUGCCGGCUGAUCAUCAAAAAGAUGAGAAUGAGCGACAGGGGCGUGAUUUUACUGGAAUCGUCGUCGGGGCAACGCCAAGUAAAGCUGUUCAUCGAGCCGGUGUGCACAGCGCUCCACAUACAAAGCGCGACGGACAACACGACGGACGAAGUGCGCCUGACGUGCCGCAGCGGCGGAGACGUGGCGCCGGAGGUCGGGAUUCAGUGGACGUAUCAGGGACAGAAUCAGCCUGCCCGGGGCAGCACCGUGCUGGCAAAUCUGCAGCACCAAGGAUUGUGGAGCUGCACGUACAAAGGGCAGACUGCGGGGUUCUGCCUCGUCGAAUCCAGGAUCUCCGAAAUCAAGGAACCGGAGUGCGAGGGCACGGAGCUGACCCCAGCCACCCGAGCGAGCGACCGCCUAUCGCCGUCCAUCAUCGAGAUCGCCCUCGCCACCGCGGGGUGCCUUCUGGUGGUCGUCGCGGGGAUGGCCGGCGUUUAUUUCUACAGCGAGAGCAAGAAGGCACUCAUCUCACCUUACGUGUCAGAACCUGCCGAUAGCCUGAGACAGUCUCGUCUGACCUGCCAUCCGGAUUACAGCUACAACAACGGGGACUGUGGCCACUCCAUGGAGAUGCCCUACGUCCCGAUGACCAAACAAGGGACAAGUCAGGCAGACGGGGAAACGGAGGAGCAUUACGACUACGAGAACGUGAGCGAGACCUUGAAUGUUCAGGAUGAUGGGAAUGCGCAGUCGUCAUCACUCCACCAGCAAAACCCUCUGUACCUCUGCAACGACACUCUGUAUGGAGACGUUGCAUGAGACUCGCGUAAUGAGAUCAAGAUUUUUUUGUUAAAUACUGUACAUACAUAAUCGCGGUUCUCUCGAGCAGAGGCCCAAAUGCACAAAACUCCAUGCAGGCGGCAACAAAUGAAGCAGAUAUUAUCGCAGUGGCUUCACAUCGAAAGUCUUAUUCGAACAGAAAUUUCUGGUUUGCGAUUCUUAAUAAAAAAAAAAAAUUGGAGGGGAGGUCACGUUGUUACGUGGCCAGAUUUGGGUGCCGCGGUGGCUAGGAGAUGUUAACUCCCUCGUCCUGGUAUUCAGGAGGUCGUGGGUUCUAUUCCUGACCCUUGACGCCUGCUGUAUAUUUGGAGUUUGCGUAUCCCCCCCUGUGGUCACGAUGAUUUUCCUCUGGCUCUUCCGGUUUUUUUCCCGCCACGUUUAAAAUGAACACGCGUUUAACAGUAUUUGGCUGCUAUACAUUUACACACGAUGAGCCACUUCGUUGAGCUAUCCUAGCCAGGUCUGAAAACGAGUUCUGUAGCUCAGUGGGCUCCUUACCUGGUCAAAUAAAAACACGUUUUUAAUCUUGAUUUAAAGCUUUCGUGACUGCAGUGAUUCAUAU